AUGAGGGUGUCUGCAAAAAACAGCUGGAAAUGGAAUGCGUUUGUGGAAAUAGAAAACAUCAUACACAAGAUGACAACAGUAUUGCAUACAUACAAAUCAAAGUAUGCUAUCAUGAUUGCCAACGGAUUGAUUGAAAACAACUUUAUAUCCAACUUGCUCAUCAACAACCAACAACUUUGCAAGAUCCUUCUUGCCAAUAUCACAGUAUCUGGAUGGAAAUACGGAACCGAUUCAAACUGCUGUCAAUCAAUACUGUCAUUCAACACUGCAAGGCUGACAUUGACAAGUUGUUUGACAUCUCAUUAUCUCCAAAGAAAAACGGAAUCCAGACCAGAUUCGCUUGGAAUGUCAACAACAACUGACUGUUUGUUGCUACAUCAAGACUUGUCAGUACAGACCCACAAAAUACAAUGUAAAAGUCAAAAGAUUACAUUAAAACAGACAUUAUGGACAGAUUCUACAAAGGAAAUGGCUGUAUCAUCUGGCAUCAAUUCAGACACACUUGUCAGUCCUGUUCCGUAUACAAUGAGUCACAUAUGGACACAUAUGGACACCAAUGCAACAAUCAAGAAUCAAUUGUCAUUUACAAGUCCGAAUUGCCAACCAACAAUCGUACUAAUGGACCAACGGACCAAUGCCAAAACACCUGCACAUCAGACAGUUUAUUGGACAUGA